UUAAAGAAAGAAAAACAUACUAUCUCCAUAUGUAAACCCAAACUAAUAAAAGGAUCCCCGUGCCCCGACAGAUGAUCUGCUUAAGUUCUCACACAAACCCUUCCCUUCUGUGCUGUCCCUGUCAUGUCCUAGCCCAGGAUAAGUUCUUCCUGCCCCCAGAAAUUGUGGCUACUCCAUCCCUGGAAGUGCCCAAGGCCAGGCUGGAUGGGAGCUACCUGGGCUAGUGGAAGGUGUCCCUGCCCGUGGCAGGAGGUGGAACCGGAUCUCUUGAAGAUCCCUUUCAACACAAACCACUCCAUGAUUCUAGGAUAAGUUCUCAUUAGACUUUAUCUAGAAGAUAAAGCUAAACUUUUCUGCAGCAAUUAAAUGCAGCACUGAUGAGCUCAUCUGUUCUUUAAGGGAAAUUCCCAAAGGGCCACACAAUUCCAUUUAUAAAAUGACAAUGAAAAUGUAUUUAAAAAGAAAGGCAGAGUGGAGUUGGUGCACCCUGAAUGUUUUUUUGCAGGAUUUUAUGUGAGGAUUUCAGUCUGUACACUUCACCUGCUGCUCUCUUUGUCAAAUGGAGAUAGGGAUGGGGAGUAGAGGCUAACAGUUAAUGUCUCAUUAAGAUUUCUCAUCAUUUAAAUUAUCGCUUGCUUUACUUGUUUUAUGAAAUGUUAAGACAAUACGGUGAACCAGUUUUUGGUUUUUCCUUGUGAAUUCACUUCUGUAUUUGAUUUUUUCAGAAAUAAAUCUCUAAUGCUGUUUCUCUCUGUGCUUCUGGGUCGUGUGCGUGUGUCUGCGUGGGCACGCCUGGGUGGUGGCCCCUCAUCUCCCACUCCACACUGUUCACUAAAUGCAUUCCAGUAGCUGCUUAAAGAGGACAAUUCCAUCAGUUUGCAAGAGUGUGUUGAUACAUUUCUUUUUCUAUUUUAUUUUUUAACUCGUUGCUUCUUUAGUACUUUUAAAGUGGUCAAAUGAAUAGAUUUGGCUCUUUUAUUUUGGGCUUUUUUGGGGGCAGGAGUGCAUUUUGGUUUCACUUUUAUGUCUGUGCUUGCAGUACGUUCUGACGUUCAUCACAGCAACGAUGAAUAUUAAAAUUUGACUGAUGGCAAAGAUGAUGAACUUCUCAUAUCCCAAAGGGAAAGAGCCUGGAGUCUGUAUUCCCAGGAGCAUCAGAGAACCAGAAGGGAGCUGGAGGGAAGAAGACCCCAAUGUUGUGUGGUCAGUACCCGACUAAGAGCGAGGGGAAGGAGCUGAAGAUCAUGGUGCAGCCAGAGACCCAGCACAGGGCUCGGUACCUGACCGAGGGCAGCCGGGGCUCCGUCAAGGACCGGACGCAGCAGGGCUUUCCCACUGUCAAGCUGGAAGGCCACAACGAGCCCGUGGUGCUGCAGGUGUUCGUGGGGAACGACUCGGGGCGAGUGAAGCCCCACGGAUUCUACCAGGCGUGCAGGGUGACGGGCAGGAACACCACGCCCUGCAAGGAGGUGGACAUCGAGGGCACCACUGUCAUCGAGGUGGGGCUGGACCCGAGCAACAACAUGACACUGGCGGUUGAUUGUGUGGGAAUCCUGAAGCUGAGGAAUGCUGAUGUGGAAGCCAGGAUAGGGAUUGCUGGCUCCAAGAAGAAAAGCACCCGCGCUCGACUCGUCUUUCGCGUCAACAUCACGCGCAAGGACGGCUCCACCCUGACCCUGCAGACGCCUUCUUCCCCAAUUCUGUGCACUCAGCCAGCGGGAGUCCCAGAGAUCCUAAAGAAAAGUCUCCACAGCUGUUCAGUGAAGGGUGAAGAGGAAGUUUUUCUGAUUGGCAAGAACUUCCUAAAGGGAACAAAAGUGAUUUUCCAAGAGAAUGUUUCGGAUGAGAAUUCUUGGAAAGCAGAAGCUGAAAUUGACAUGGAAUUAUUUCAUCAGAAUCACCUUAUUGUGAAGGUGCCACCAUAUCACGACCAGCAAAUCACCUCAGCAGUGUCUGUGGGAAUAUACGUGGUGACCAACGCUGGGAGAUCGCACGACGUGCAGCCCUUCACCUACACUCCAGAGCCUGGUGUGUCUGGGACUCUGAAUGUUAAUGUGAAGAAGGAAAUCUCCAGCCCAGCCCAACAUUGUUCUUUUGAAGAGGCUAUAAAAGCAGUGAAGGCCACGGGCUGUAACCUGGAGAAGGUGAACAUUCUUCCUAGUGCCUUGAUAACUCCACUCAUGCCAAGCAGUAUGAUCAAGAACGAAGAUGUGGCUCCAAUGGAAGCUUCAAACGUGGUCGGACCAACUCAGCAAACAUUGGAAAACAGCAUGUCUGGCAUAUCAACUUCUGCUUCCCAUUUACCUUCUGAAAGUGAAAACCAGCAGCAAAUCCAGCCCAAGGUGUACACCCCAGAGACCCUGAGCACCAUCCAAACGCAGGACAUUUCCCAGCCCGGCAGCUUCUCUGCAGUGUCCACCCCGGGCCAGCUGCAGAACAGCGAUGCCCUGCUGCAGCAGGCGGCGCAGUUCCAGCCGCGGGAUUCGCAGCCCAGGGAGGUGCUGCAGUCGGACGGCACGGUGGUGACUCUGUCCCAGCUGACCGAUGCCUCGCAGCAGCAGCAGCCGACGCUCUCGGAGCCGGCACAAGCCCUGCAGCAGCAGAUUUCCUCCAGCAUCUUCUCGUCGGCCAGCGGCGUGAGUCAGCUCCAGAACACCAUCCAGCAGCUCCAGGCUGGGAACUUCCCCACCAACACCGCCACGGGCAGCAGCAGGAACGUCGACUUGGUGCAGCAGGUUCUGGAGGCUCAGCAGCAGUUAUCUUCCGUUCUGUUUUCGGGCUCAGACAGCAGCGAGGAUGUCCAAGAUCAGCUGAACGCAGAUAUCUUUCAGCAGGUCAGCCAGAUACAGAACAGCGUAAAUCCAGGGAUGUUUUCCUCCUCAGACACAGCUGUCCAUUCCAGACCGGAGAACCUUUUGCCUGGACGAGCUGAGAACGUUCACUCCCAGCCCGAAGGUGCCCUGUCCAACCAGCAGCAGCAGCAGCAGCAGCAGCAGCAGGCCAUGGAGACGUCGGCCAUGGUGAUGGGGAUGCAGCAGAACAUGUGCCAGGCGGCCACGCAGAUGCAGUCGGAUCUGUUCUCCUCCACCACGGCGGGGAACGGAGCCCUGCAGCAGUCCCCGGUGUACCAGCAGGCGUCUCACAUGAUGGGUGGGUUAUCCUCCAGUGAAGACAUGCAGAUGCAGUGUGAGCUGUUCUCCUCGUCCCCGGGGGUGUCCGGCGGCGAGGCGCCCGCCCCCGCGCAGCAGCCGGUCUCCAACAACGGCCCUGCCAUGUUCCAGCCGACGAGCUCUGCAGAGGGAGAGGAGGCCUCGGGGCAGAGCAAACAGAUGCAGAGCUCUGUGUUUCAGACCAUGGUUCAGAUGCAGCACAGUGGGGAAAGUCAGUCCCAGGUUAAUCUCUUCUCAUCUACCAAGACCAUGAUGAGUGUCCAGGCCAGUGGGACUCAGCAGCAGGGCGGGGGUCUGUUCCAGCAAGGUGGAGAAAUGAUGUCAAUUCAGUCGGGAAGCUUCAUCCAACAGUCUCCACACUCACAAGCUCAGCUUUUCCACUCUCAGAACCCUAUUGGUGACACUCAGAAUAUAUCCCAGGAAACACAAGGAUCCCUUUUUCAUAGCUCAAAUUCCAUUGUCCACAACCAGACCAACACUAAUUCCUCUGACCAACUGCAGCCCCCGAUGUUCCACUCACAGAAUGCCAUGGGUGUCUUGCAGAGCUCCUCGGUGCCUCAAGACCAGCAGUCUGCCAACAUGUUCCUUUCCCAGAGUUCCAUGAGCAACCCUGCCACUCAGGAAGAGCAGAUGUCAUUCUUUACGAGCCCAAAUCCCAUUUCUCCUCUUCAGACAGCAACAAACACCGAACAGCAGGCUUCUUUCCAGCAGCAGACACAGAUCUCUCAUAUCCAGAGCUCCAUGCUUCCCCAGGAGCAGCCCCAGACUCAGCCUGCUCAGCAGGGUUUGUUUCAGUCCCAAGUGUCAUUGGGCUCCAUCCAGUCCAGCUCCAUCCCUCAGAACCAGCAAGGAGCCAUCUUCCAGCCUCAGCACUCGAUUGUUGCUAUCCAGAGCAGCCCUCCAUCUCAGGAGCAGCAGCAGCAGCAGCAGCAGAACAUGAUGUUCAGCAAUCAAAAUGCCAUGAGUACAAUGGCCUCCCAAAAGCAGAACAUGAUUUUCAAUCCAAACCAAAACCCGGUUACCAAUCAGGAGCAACAAGGCCAGUCCAUUUUCCAUCCUCAGUCCAACAUGGCCUCGAUGAAUCAGGAGCAGCAGCCCAUGCAAUUCCAGAGUCAGACCACAGUGUCUCCUCUCCAGAAUCCUGGAACCAACCAGGCCGAAGCACAGCAGCCAACCAUCUUCCAUAACUCGCCCCAGAUCCAGCUGGUCCAAGGGUCCCCGAGUUCUCAAGAGCAACAAGUCACCCUCUUCAUCUCCUCAGCUUCCAUGUCUGCCCUGCAGAACAGCAUGAGCCAGCCGGAGCUGCAGCAGUCCCCCAUGUACUCCUCCCAGAACAGCAUGGCAGGAAUGCCAGGAACUGCUUCUCCUCCCCAGCAGCAGGCUCCUUUGUUCCACAACACGGCGGGAGGUGCCAUCAACCAGCUGCAGAAUUCCCCAGCCUCAUCCCAGCAGACAUCAGGAAUAUUCCUGUUUGGCAUCCAGAACAACUGUGGCCAGCUGCUGCCCCCUGGGCCGGCGGCGCUGCCGGAGGAGCUGAUGGCCAUGGGCCAGCCCGGGCAGCCCCAGGGCGAGGCGCAGCCCGCGGUGCCCGCGCUCCUGUCCCAGCAGCUCCCCGAGACCCCGCCGCUGCCCUCGGCCAUGGCCACCAACCAGAACAUGGAGAAGAUAGAUGAUCUGCUCGUGUCCCUGCAGAACCAGGGGAACAACAUGGCUGGCUCAUUUUGAUUAGGCAAGUGAAAUCCCGUGAAGACAAAAAAAGCGACGAUUUCCCAGAUCCUGUCAGACCUUCCAACUCUGGAUUAGGCUGCGUGGAACCAAUUGCUUCUGUGGAAAAGUGGCCUCUUUAAAGAGCACACGCGUGGCCAGUGGCAGACCUGAGGCCAUGACCAUGGAAUUUGAGCUCCACAGUGCCAAUAAUGCUGAGGAGUUAUGCUUUGUGUUACUGGGGCGUGGGGUUGGGCUGUUACCAGGUUCAUAAACCUCAUUACAGUGGGGGCUCUUGGAAUUUAAAGCAUAUCUGGUCAGUUAUUAUUGUUGUUGGAAGGUAAUCCAUGUUACCACGUUUACUUUUUCCCUCCUAUUCCUUCUUCACAUCCCUUUUUUCCCUCAGGAAGCUCGUGCAGCAGAAACAGCAGCUGCCUCUGCCCCGAGCCGUGACUCAGCUGUCAGUAAGUGAAGGGAUCUCUCGAUUGACACGGAGUGGGAGAGCCAAACCCUCCCUUUAUCAGCUGGAAGUAUUGAUAACUGUAAUAACCAAGCAGAGAAUUGCUGCUGUAAAUAACCAGUUCCCAUCUGAGAAUGGGACUAACGGUUUUCCACAUCCCUUACAUGGAGCUGUACAUAGAGCAAGGGUUUGGUGGCUCUACAAAAUGAAGAAAUGAAGGGGGAACUUCCAAUUGAUCUUAAAAUCUUCUCCAAAACACCUUCAGCUUGAAAAGAGCAUUCUGUGUGGCUGAGAAAGGGACUCCUCUGUGUCUCUUGUUCUGACUGAUGGGUUAGAGCUCUGUAAAGCCUCAUGAGCUGUUCCCAAACCAGCCUUCUCCCUUUCAUUCUUUCCAUGGUUUUCUUUCUCUCCCUCAGUUUUGUAUUGUGUUUUUAAAAAAUGACAUAAAUAUCCUACUGGCUUUAAAGCUAAAGAAACAGCUUUUAGGAAUCCUUGGCAGUAAAUUGCUUAGUCAGUAGAAGCUUUGACAAAUAAUCAAGGAGUAAGGAGAGAGGAAGCAAUUUCUCCACCACCUUCUUAUCGCAGGAAUCCCCCUUAACCCGCCACCUCCAGCUGUGACUGAUGGAAAUCUUCAGCUUGGCUUUACUCCAAGUAGGGGGCAAAUUGCAUCAUUUUUGAGCCUUCUUAAAACAUCACUUCAUCCUGAGCUGUUGCAUCUCUGUGGCACAUGGAGCUCAUCGCAGUUCUGAAGUGAUUUUUCCUUUUUCUACCACCGAGCCCCGAGUCUGGUUUCUAGAUUGUCGUGUUUCAUUAAGGAAUAAAUCAUGGACUGAUGUUACCGAAUGUAAAAACAACCCACUCCAGACCAUGCAGGUGUAUUGUGAGGCAUGUGGAUUUUUUUGGGUGCUUCAACUCUCCGGACAGCGUGUGAUCUCUCCCUACAGCCUCGCUCAGAUCCGUGUUCCUCCCGCUCCCGCGGCGCCCGUUCCGCCGCGCUAGAGUCUAGCUGGCAUCACGUCAUUUUUCAUUUUUGUUAUUUGAAAUAACAAAAGAACAGUCUGUAAAUGGGUUUUUUUUUUAAGUUCCUCCAGUCUGUUUACUGUGUGUUUUCCCCUUAACUCGUGUGCGUAGUUGAGCCGUGUAGAGUUUUUUGUUGGUUUUCCUGGAUUUCCCCCGUUUGUUGGUCUGUCACGACGUUCACUUUCUCUUUCUGUCUCUCUCUUUCUCUCUCUCAUUGAGAGGCAUUGAAUUACGUUUUCAGUAGUAAGGCUUCUUGCCGAUAUGAAGGGAACUUUUCAGAAAGAGACCUGCUCUGGGUCAUUUAAUUUUGAAUACAGUUUUCAAUCGUUCAAGUUUUGGAUGGUUUAUAUCUAAUGUGUGUUUCAUUUUUUUGGAAAGCUAUAUUUUGUAUUUAGGAAAUGGUAUAACUAUUUUGCUAUUUGUACUGAGUGAGUACAUUGGCAUAAAUAUAAAAAAUUUAUAUAUAUACAUAUAUAUAAAAUAUUCUUUUUGCCACACAUUUUUGUGGUAAAUUUGUGAGUUUGUCUGAUGUUCUACCACAACGUGGCGUCUGAUAACAGUGGGGUGGGGUGGGGUUUGUUAUGUCUUUAUUGAGUAUUUAAGUACUUUUUGCAACAUAAAUAACGUGUUCAUCUCUCGCCAUUCCAUCAGGCAGUGUUGGUCCAGCUGGCCACGAGAAGCUUCGCUCUGUGUUUGGUGUGUCCCUCACUCACAGCCUAGCCAGGAAACCCACAGGCAUUUAGGAUUAUAUAAAAUAUGAAAUAUUGGGGUUUCCCUCAGAAUGAGCCAUUCAGCUUUUCUCUACUCUCAUUGCCUAUUUAAUAUUUUAUUAUUAGCGCCUCUGUGUUUUAACUCCUAAUUUAUGAUUAUGCGCAAAUGUUGGAAAUUUUAAUCAGGACAGAAAGAAUUCCCUGCUGCAUCAUGUCCAGAGCUGCUUUAACCCCGACCCAGACUUUUUCUUUCUGUAUUUUACUUCUUUUCCCCCCUGCUAAGACAAAACAUUACCGACAUCUUGUAAUGGUUCACGACACGAAAGCAGCGGCGCCCAGCAGUGCCCAGGUGCUGUGUGGGGUGCUCAGCCUGAGAACAAUGGACCCAACAACGUCCAGAGGGCUGUGGAAGUCCAUAGCCACUCAGUGGGAAAGGAACUGGUGGUGUUUGCAGGACGAGUGUCCCAGGAUGAGCCUUUGGGUGUCACACAGAGGAGUGACAGGAACGAUGGAUUCACUCGUGCGCUGCUGCAGUUUGCUCCUUGUUCCGAAGGGCUCUAUCCGAUUGUUGGUCAGUGCCAAGUCACCAGGGACCAAUUCUCCGUGGAACAGGAUGAGUGCCCAGAAGAGAAUCUCAUCCCAGGCCUGCCACAGCUCCAGGGAAGGGUAUGUUUGAAUUGUGGGCGUGUUAGAGGUCACUUACGAAGAGAAGAGAGAAAAAAAACAUACACAAAAAACCAACCAAGGGCUGUGCUAUCUCAGUUUUCCCUUCUGGAAACACCUUCCUUUCCUCGUGUUAGAUUUACUUGUUCAUUUUAGGUCAAUGUUUAAAUGUACAACACUUUGAACAUGUGAUUUGGUUACAAAAAGUAUUUGUGUGACUGAAGAGGUCGCUCAGCGGUUGGCGCGUGCUCGGCAGCGGCUCUGAGGGCGGAGGGGUUGGAUCAGCCCCAAAAGAGCCAAGGACAGGCUGCAGGGUGUCCUGGCAGGGAGCACAGCCUGAGCCACAUCUGUGUUUAACCAGGGGCCUGAACAUUCACUUCUGGCAUUUUUAGCAGUUGAGACUCACAGCAGAGCUUCUCUCUGGCCCCUGCGUUCCCGGAGCACUGGCAUCCUGUCUGGGCCCUUCGGGUGACAGAGAGGAUCCUGAGCUGUCAGUCUGUGUAAAUCCAGCAUCCCUGGGGGGUCCUGGGGGGUCCCAGAGCACCCAUUUGUGGGCACAGGUGAGAGCUGGGGGAGAUGGAGCUGCCAACCCCCACCGUGUCCCCUCGGCUUUACCCUGAGUGUGCCCAGAGCACAGAAUCCACAGAGCCAACACUUAGUGCACAGUUUGAGCUGAACAUCUCCUCUGGAGUAAAGGAGUGACUGGUGCUUUGUGCUUAAUUAACAGUCGUUUUGUUGUUAAUUGCCUCCUCACUGCCUGAUCUUGCAGAAAGCCAAACACUUUUCUGUUAUUUUAACACAAAUCUAGUUCAAGAAAUAACUCCAGGCUGGCUGUUCUGAAGUGGAUGUCCACUCUCUGAUCAGUGAUUAUGAUUAUUUCUCAUCACUGGCAGGGUGGUUGCUUCCCCUGUAGUUUGGAGAUAAAACAAGGCAUGAGCAGUUAAACGUAACUUUGCAGGUUUUUACUGGAAGCAGCUGUGUCAAUGGACAGUCCCCUCACUGACAUAAGCUGUACUUUAUUUUUUAAGCUUUCCAUUGAUACUUUGAUUUAGAAUCUAAUUUCUAACAGGAAAAUAUGUCUGAAUGGAUUUUUAUUCCUGUUUUCUUGUGCCUCUGCUCGGCAAACUGUUGUGUUCCUUUUCCAGGGCCAUUGUGGGAGAGCAGAGGGAGCACAGACCUGGAUCUGAGGGAGGGGAGCAGGAGAGAGGAGA